AAAAGGUUUCACACCAAAUCGAAAUUAUUCUAUUACGGCCCUGACCCAAAUCGACCCACCGCCAGCGCUGCCCCGCCAAACAUAACAAUUUUCUGUCUCUAGUCAACCUCAAGGUCUCAACCGUCAUCGACACGCCCUCCCCGUCCACGCCUACACCCGACUCGGAGUCGCGACCUCGCGAAGACCUUUCGUCUCCGCUUAUCGUCUUUCCCAUCCAUUUAUCACUUACAACUAUGGCGGAAUACGACCUCCUGCCAAAGCUGAUCAGCCACCUCGAUCGCCAUCUCGUUUUCCCCCUCCUCGAGUUCACGGCCGGACAACUUCCCGAAGACGCCGACGAUGCAGCCCUCCUAACCAUCACAAAAGCCAAGUAUGAAUUGCUUAAGACCACCAAUAUGACUGACUUUGUCGGAAACCUUCAGGCUGAGUUGCAGGGCCUCGACCAGCCGCCACCCGAGUUCAACGACAAGAGGCAGAAGGUCAUCUCACGCUUGGAACAGUUCGAGGAGAGCACUAGCAAGCUCCUCGACCUGUUAGGCCGCGAAGAUGUCGUUGGGAACCUCCGCAGCGACAAAGUAGCCAACCUGGAGUUCUUAAAGAAGGAACACGAUGUGACGAUCGAGAUGGUCAACGCCCUCUACGAGUUUGGCAACUUCCAGUACAGCUGCGGUGACUACGCUGCCGCCGCGGAUCUGUUAUAUCAGUUCCGCGUACUUUCCACCGACAACGACAAGGUGGCCGCCGCUACGUGGGGGAAGCUCGCGUCUGAGAUCCUGACUACGAAUUGGGAGGGCAGCGUGGAGGAGCUUCACAAGGUCAAGGAAAAUAUCGACACCAAGCUAUUCAACAACCCCCUCGCCCAGCUGAGCCAGCGCACCUGGCUGAUCCACUGGGCAUUGUUCCCCCUCUUCAAUGACGACCGCACCCGUGACGGGAUUUUGGAAAUGUUUUUCAGCGCCGCCUAUAUCAACACCAUCCAGACUAGCUGCCCCUGGAUUCUGCGCUAUCUAACCGCCGCCGUAAUCACCGGCCGGAACCGGACGCGGAAUUCAGGCCAGCAUCAGAAGCAACUCAAGGAUAUCGUACGCAUCGUAAAGCAGGAAGCGUACGAGUACAACGACCCCGUGACCGACUUUGUGCGCGCCCUCUACAUCGAUUUCGAUUUCGAGGAGGCCCAACGACAGCUUUUGCGCGCCGAAGAGAUACUGCGCUCCGACUUCUUCCUCUCCUCGACUGCCGAUCUGUUCAUCGAUGCGGCGCGACACCUCAUCUCAGAGAGUUACUGCAAGAUCCACGCACGGAUAGACAUAAAGGACCUAAGCGCACGCCUGGGUCUAGGUGAAGAUGAGGGCGAGAAGUGGAUUGUUAAUCUGAUCCGUGAUACGAGAGUGGAUGCCAAGAUUGACUACAAGGAGGGCACCGUCGUUAUGAACCACCCUCCCAGCUCUGUGUACCAGCAGGUCAUCGAGCGGACAAAGGGCGGGUUUUUUCGAACCCAGGUACUCAGUGCUGCUGUUGCGAGAUAAGGCUAACGAACCCAACGAAACUAUAUGUCGGUGAGCGGAAAUUUUGAUUUGCAGAGGUGGUUGGGAAGGGUGUCGGCCACCACAGAGAUGGUCAGCCUUGUUUCUACGACGGUAUGCAUGAACGGAGUUUUGGGAGUAUUGGUGCAGCCAGAGGUAGUAGAUGUGUACGGGUAAUCUCGCUUCACUUGUGCAAAAAGAAACCAUUCUACAUCCAUCUCUUAACCCCAUGGGUCGUACUCCGGGGUAUAUUUUAGUAAGACGAGCCGCAUACCCGCUUAGUUAUUGAUCGAUCUUGACGCUCUAUUUCACUCGUAACACCCCCCGUGCCUCUUCCCCUCCCCCCCCCUUCCUCUCAUCUGGUCGCUAGGGGUGGGAGAAGGCAGGACGGGGAGAUAGC